AUGGCUAACGUGGCUGUCGUCGUGGGCGCGUCUAGCAAUUUAGGCUACCAAGUGCUCAAGCAGUUGGGAAGUGCGUAUAAAGGAAAAAUAUAUUUCACAACCGAAGAUGAAUCUACCGGCUACAGUAUACACGAGAACCUCAAAGAAUAUUCGCAUUUAGAAUAUUUUAGAGUGGAUUUAACAUAUACUAAGAGCAUUAUCAACUUCAGACAUCACAUACAGGAUCUCGAUGAGAGGAUAGAUCUAUUGAUAAACGUCACUGAUUACGUACCAGAGAAACAAUUGUCGUCCGUCGAUAAAGUCAGAAGAAUAUUAGCUGUAAAUUUCUACGGAUAUAUUAACUUUGGAAAACUGGUCUAUCCAUUGCUGACGAGAGAUGCGAGGGUUGUCAAUGUGUCCGGACCCGCGGGUCUGUUAGCAACCAUUGAGAAUGAAGCAAUCAGAAAGAGAAUAAGUGAUCCUAAACUAACAGAAGACGAGCUGGUUGCUGUGUUACAGGAUUUUGAAGAAGCGGUCAAGAGAGGCAUACAGAAGACUGAAGGUUGGGGUCACAGCAUGCAUGCGGUUAGCAAAGUUGCUUUGGCGGCUGUGACAUUUCUUCAGCACAGAGAAUGGUCAGAUAAGGGAGUGACUAUAAAUUGUGUGAAUCCAGGAAACGUUUCAAGUCGAGAACAUAGAAAAUCUACUAAAGCAUUUGAAGAAGGGGCUAAGACUAUUUUAUAUCUGGCAUUAGAAGCGCCAUUGACUGUAAAGGGUAAUUUUGUGUGGAGUAACUACAAUGUUAUUGAAUGGAACAGUGAUCCUUUUCUAGAAGUAACUACUAUUUAA